UCUCUGCAGCACACCCUCUUCACAACCAUUCACAAACACUACUCCGUAGAGGAAUGGAAGAACUUUGCUGCUGCUCAUCCAGAAUGCAUGGAGCAUUUAGCGGCCAGCUCCGGCAGCAGCAACGCAGACCUGGAGAAGCUGUGUGCCAUCGUGGAAGCCGUCCCCACCCUCAAGUACAUCUGUCUGGACGUGGCCAACGGCUACUCCGAGUACUUUGUGGAGUUUGUGAAGACGGUCAGAGGGAAGUUCCCCAAACACACCAUCAUGGCCGGUAACGUGGUAACAGGGGAGAUGGUGGAGGAGCUCAUCCUCUCCGGGGCCGACAUCAUCAAAGUGGGCAUCGGGCCAGGUUCUGUGUGCACGACGAGGAUCAAGACCGGAGUGGGUUACCCACAGCUCAGUGCUGUCAUAGAGUGUGCAGACUCAGCCCAUGGACUGAAAGGACACAUCAUCUCUGUAAGUACAAAAACCAAGUAUUAUUGGGCCGGGGCCGACUUUGUGAUGAUGGGGGGAAUGCUCGCCGGCCACGACCAGUGCAACGGGGAGGUCAUCGAGAAGAACGGCAAGAAGUACAAACUCUUCUACGGCAUGAGCUCCGACACGGCCAUGAAGAAGUACGUGGGCGGGGUCGCUGAGUACAGGGCAUCUGAGGGGAGGACGGUGGAGGUGCCGUACAGGGGAGACGUGGAGAACACCAUCCGUGAUGUGCUGGGGGGGCUGCGCUCCACCUGCACCUACGUGGGCGCCGCCAAGCUGAAGGAGCUCAGCUUGACCAAACGAGUGGAACCUGUGUCGUUGAUCCUGAAGAGAAGGCAGCUCUUCGCUCAGCUGCUUCUCCUGGUCUGA